AUUGGAGUUCUCAGAAAUGUUUCAGUCGUGUCGUAUAUUGCGUGCAUUUGUUGGAGGAGAUAUGUUGGUUUGUGAAAAAAUCUGAAGACCUUAAUUUAAUAAAAAAAAAAACAAUUUUUGUAUUUUGACAUUGAGUGAAUAACCAAUAAUGUAUAUUAUUAUUGCAUAAAGUGGGAUCUGUUUCUUCAUGUGUCACGAAAAACACCAUCGAAAUUUUAAUGUUGAGGUUUUUUUUUAGGUGUGUGUGUAAUGACUUGCGCUAGGGCAAGAGGAAAAGAGUAAGCAAGAGUAAGAGUAUUAUGGCUGUUUUGCUUUAAUUCCUUAACGUUAAAGUGAGAACGUUAGUUGUGUUAUUGCGAAACGUGUGUGUUCGUGACGAGAAACAAAGGACCCGAGCGAAUACGUAAGAUUGUCGGGCAAUUUAUUGUACUGUGCGCACGAUAACUUUGAAUAGAGCGAGCUGAAGUAUUUUGUGCUGAGGCAUAUUAUAAAAGCAACCAGUUGAAGAGAGAUAACCGUUUGGAAUAUUUUGAGCGCAUGUGUACUAUGUAAUUUUAAUUUGGGUUUCGUGAACGAAUUUUCACUGUGAUCGGACGUAUUGAAUUAUCUGUCUUCGUUAUAUACCGUUGCCUGUUAUUGCUUAUGAAAAGUAAAAAGAAGGAGGAAUAGUAACGACGGUCGAGUGUGUGUGUGUUUUGUGAGAUAAAAUAUAAAAAUAUUAAAGUAAUUGCAAAUCAAAAAAUGAUUAAAAUGGAGACUGACAAAAUAAUGGACGAAACCAACUCUAAUUCACAAGCAUUCACAUCGACAAUGCUGUACGAUCCCGUCCGAAAGAAAGAAUCAUCGCAAAUUUUUCAAAAUGAACGUGAGACCUGCUUAACCUACUUCUCGCAAUGGAACGAAGCGGAUCAGGUUGAAUUCGUGGAGAAUUUGCUUUCGCGCAUGUGCCACUACCAACAUGGACACAUAAAUGCGUUCCUCAAACCGAUGCUGCAGCGUGACUUUAUCACACUGUUGCCGAAAAAAGGACUCGAUCACAUUGCCGAAAAUAUACUAACGUAUUUAGAUGCAGAGUCACUCAAGUCCGCCGAGUUGGUGUGCAAAGAAUGGCUGCGUGUCAUCUCGGAGGGCAUGCUCUGGAAGAAACUGAUUGAACGUAAAGCCCGCACCGAUUCCUUGUGGCGUGGCUUGGCAGAACGACGUGGUUGGAUGCAGUAUCUGUUCAAGCCCCGCCCUGGCACCACUCACAGACCACACUCUUUCUAUCGUGAACUCUAUCCUACUAUAAUGAAGGAUAUCGAGAGCAUAGAGAGCAAUUGGCGUAGUGGCCGUCACAUGUUACGCCGCAUUAAUUGCCGUUCUGAGAACUCAAAGGGCGUCUAUUGUUUGCAGUAUGACGAUCAGAAGAUCGUCUCUGGUUUGCGGGAUAAUACUAUUAAAAUUUGGGAUCGUACGGACUUGCAGUGCGUUAAGACUUUGACUGGUCACACCGGUUCGGUUUUGUGUCUUCAAUAUGACGAUAAAGUAAUCAUUAGCGGUUCGUCAGAUUCGACUGUACGUGUUUGGGAUGUAAACACUGGUGAAAUGGUCAAUACAUUGAUACAUCAUUGUGAAGCUGUGCUUCAUUUACGCUUCAAUAAUGGCAUGAUGGUAACCUGCUCUAAGGAUCGUUCAAUUGCCGUUUGGGACAUGACCUCACCUAGUGAAAUAACCCUUCGACGCGUGUUGGUCGGCCAUCGUGCUGCCGUUAAUGUCGUUGAUUUCGAUGAGAAAUAUAUUGUAUCCGCCAGCGGUGAUCGCACAAUUAAAGUGUGGUCAACUUCAAGCUGUGAAUUUGUACGCACAUUAAACGGACAUAAGCGUGGCAUUGCGUGCCUGCAGUAUAGAGACCGCUUGGUGGUCAGUGGCAGUUCUGAUAAUUCAAUCAGGCUUUGGGAUAUUGAAUGUGGUGCUUGUUUACGUGUGCUUGAAGGCCAUGAUGAAUUGGUUCGUUGCAUUCGAUUCGAUUCGAAACGCAUUGUCAGCGGUGCGUAUGACGGCAAAAUUAAAGUUUGGGACUUGGUCGCCGCAUUGGAUCCACGCGCUCAAGCCAACACACUUUGCUUAAAUACCUUAGUGGAGCACACAGGCCGUGUUUUCCGCUUACAAUUCGAUGAAUUCCAGAUUGUUAGCAGUUCUCAUGAUGACACAAUUCUCAUAUGGGAUUUCUUGAACUUUCAACCUAAUGAAAAUGCAGGCCCACCUUCUCCUGCACUUACAUUAAUGGAACAUUAACGUUUCGCGUUAGCCCAGAGUUGGAAGAUUUAUAAAAACAUUAACAAAUUCACCCAAAAGUGAUCCUAAACGGCACAUUUAAUGCAGACAUUAUUAUAUCAGAUCAUAGCUAAAAUCUUAAUUGUGUUAAACUUAACUGAAUACACGGCAGCAACACUAACCUGUAAAAAUCAAAUGAAAAACCUUAAAAAAAAUAUCGGAGAAAAUUAAUUACAAGUGUAGCGUCGACUGCUUGCCGCGGCAACUGAUCUCCAACAAAAGAUAAGGAAAACAAAUCAUAUUUAAGAACAAAAACCAAUACAUUCGCGAUUACAACUGCGGCGGAGGCAAACAAAAUAUGCUGAUCCUGAAAUUAAUAACGCAACUUAUUAUCUGAAGAGACAGUUACAAUGUAUGCAUGUGUGCUUAUAUGAGUCACCAGCUCACUCAUAAUAACUAUUAUUAAAAUGCUUAGUAUUAUUGAGAAAAAAAUUUAAUAAUAUAAAAAUCAUUUAUUGGGUAAAUGUUAACAAAAUUAUUUAAAUAAAUAUUAAAUAACAUUUAGACAUUGUAAAAUUGCAAAAUCGAACCUUAUCUGUACGGUGUGCACUGUAAUUAUUUACGUUGGCAUAGGAAUGGUGGAUGGAGAUGGAGGAAUUCGAAAGGGGGAAUGGAACGGUUGACGUCACCAUCAUCAAAAACAACAACAUUAAAAUUGAAUUACAUGCAAGUAAAAGGAUUUUAUUUUAAUUAGCAUAAAAUUGUUGAUCAAAAUGCAUACAUCAAAUUAUAAAGUAAACUUGCUGGCAGAAUGAAAAAAAUAAAUAAAUUGAUGAAUGUAUAAAU